AUCAUGCCUGGUCUCUAACAGAAGUACAGCCUCUCUGUCACCACUCACUCACACACAUGCACACGCACUCUCUCUCUCAGAGCAGGGAAACACACACACACACUGCCAACUUAARAGUGUCGUUUGUUAAUUUAUCGUUAGAGGAGUCGAGCAUCACCUCCCUUGUUCACAGAGCACGGAAGACAAGAAACCUUAAAGAGAAAGGAAAAAAAGAGAGGGAGCAAGGGAUUGCACGGGGCAGGAUAACUGCUGCCUACCUGAACAAACAGCAGAGCUGCUUUGUGGAGAUGGACAGAKGGGGCUGUGGAGAGGUGCCGUGCUAUUGUGGAUGGCAGCAGCAACCGCCCCAGGGAUACCACUAUGGCUCAGCCUCAGGGGGUGCUACUCUGCCCCGGCAAAGGGGCCGUCUUAUGGCUACCCGCUCUGAAAGCUCUUGGAGAAGCCCAGGACGCUCUGUGGUCCACGCCAAAGGAGGCAGCUGUGACCUGUGGUCCGAAUGCGGCUGUCCGCAGAGUCAGAGCUGGCAGGACCACUACCAGGCGAGUCCCGCCCCAAUAAUUGUCAACACGGAUACUCUGGAGUCUGUACCUUACGUCAACGGGACAGAAAUUGAAUACGAGUUUGAAGAAAUCACACUAGAGCGGGGGAACUCAGGGUUGGGCUUCAGCAUAGCUGGAGGGACAGAUAACCCCCAUGUCGGCGAUGACCCAGGGAUCUUCAUCACCAAGAUCAUCUCUGGUGGCGCGGCAGCAGAGGAUGGCAGGUUAAGAGUCAAUGACUGCAUCCUGCGGGUGAAUGAUGCCGACGUGUCCGAGGUGUCCCACAGUAAGGCUGUGGAGGCGCUAAAGGUGGCCGGCUCCAUCGUCAGGCUCUACGUUCGCCGGAGGAGACCCAUGCUGGAAACUGUCAUUGAGAUCAAACUCAUCAAAGGACCAAAAGGGCUGGGCUUUAGCAUCGCAGGAGGGGUGGGCAACCAGCACAUCCCGGGGGACAACAGCAUCUAUGUAACUAAGAUCAUAGAUGGCGGUGCAGCACAGAAGGACCAGCGCUUGCAGGUUGGAGACAGGCUGCUUAUGGUGAACAACUACACUCUGGAAGAGGUCUCCCACGAGGAGGCAGUAGCCAUACUGAAGAACACGUCUGACGUUGUCUACCUGAAGGUGGGCAAGCCCACCAGUGUUUACUUAUCAGAUCCCUAUGGGCCACCUGAUAUCACGCACUCGUUCUCUCCAGCAAUGGAAAAUCAUAUCUCUUCCGUGGGAAACAACGGCACUCUGGAAUACAAGUGCAGUCUUCCCCCCAUGCCCAUCUCCCCCGGAAGGUACUCCCCCCUCCCAAACCAACUACUCGGGGAAGAGGACAUAAACAGGUUGGAUGGUUUUUCCUUCUUACGAAAUGCCUCAAUAGAUGACGGGGAGGGUCACAGGUUUGAUUCACAGCACUUCCAGUUGAGGCCUCCUGAGCCAGUUUACAGCACUGUGAACAAAGCACCUUCUCCCCACCACUAUUCCCCCGUGGAGUGCGACAAAAGCCUCCUCCACUCCAUACCCUUCCCUCACUAUCACUUAGGCCUGCUCCCUGACUCCGAGAUCACCAGGGAUCCCAGGAGGAUGGUCCUCCACAAGGGCUCCACAGGCCUGGGAUUCAACAUCGUGGGCGGGGAGGACGGAGAGGGCAUCUUUGUCUCCUUCAUCCUGGCGGGAGGGCCCGCCGACCUAAGCGGAGAGCUGCGGAGGGGAGACCAGAUCCUGUCGGUUAAUGGGAUCGACCUACGCGGGGCCACCCACGAGCAAGCGGCUGCAGCACUAAAGGGGGCGGGCCAAACGGUCACCAUCAUUGCCCAGUACCGUCCCGAGGAACUUGCUUUGUGCUCCCCGCGCCGGGCCCCUUCGCCAGCACCAGAGUACGGGCGCUUCGAGGCCAAAAUCCAUGAUCUGCGGGAACAGAUGAUGAACCACAGCAUGAGCUCUGGGUCCGGAUCCCUCCGAACCAAUCAGAAACGCUCCCUUUACGUCAGAGCACAGUUUGACUAUGAGAAGGCCAAAGACAGUGGCCUCCCUAGCCAAGGCCUCAGCUUUAGAUACGGGGACAUCCUCCACGUCAUCAACGCCUCAGACGAUGAAUGGUGGCAGGCCCGGAGGGCGACCCCCGARGGGGACAGCGAGGAGAUGGGGGUCAUCCCCAGCAAGAGGAGGGUUGAGAGGAAAGAACGAGCACGUCUAAAGACAGUGAAGUUCAAUGCCAAACCUGGAAUCGAUUCAAAAGGGUCAUUCAAUGACAAGCGUAAAAACAACUUCAUCUUUACACGAAAGUUCCCAUUCUACAAGAACGAGCUGGGUGAGCAGGAUGGCAGUGAUUCCGAACGGAGUCAAGAGGACAUGAUUCUCUCUUAUGAGCCUGUCAUUCGACAUGAGAUUAAUUACGCCAGACCCGUCAUAAUCCUUGGACCAAUGAAGGACAGAAUCAAUGACGACCUGAUAUCAGAAUACCCUGAKAAAUUUGGCUCCUGCGUGCCACAUACCACUCGAUCAAGAAGGGACUACGAGGUCGAUGGGCGGGACUACCAUUUUGUAAUGUCCAGAGAGCAGAUGGAGCAGGACAUCCAAGAGCACAAGUUCAUAGAGGCGGGCCAAUACAACGACAAUCUGUAUGGAACCAGUGUUCAGUCGGUCAAAUAUGUGGCUGAGAGGCAGGGUAAACACUGCAUACUUGACGUGUCGGGGAAUGCCAUUAAACGACUACAAGUAGCACAACURUAUCCCAUUGCCAUCUUUAUAAAGCCUAGAUCCAUCGAUUCAUUAAUGGAGAUGAAUAAGAGGCUAACUGAAGAGCAGGCCAGGAAGACAUUUGACCGGGCCAUGAAGCUGGAGCAGGAGUUUGCCGAGUUUUUCACAGCCCUUGUUCAAGGGGACACCUUAGAGGAAAUUUAUAACCACUGCAAAAUGGUGGUAGAAGAGCAUUCAGGACCCUACAUCUGGAUCCCGUCAAAGGAGAAAUUAUGAGAACACACCACUUUGGCAGGGAGAUUGGACUGCUAGAAACAAAAUACUUUGUAACAUAUGAUCAAUUGUAAUGGCAAUUUAUAUUGUUCAUAAUUAUAGCCAAUUAAUAUGAUUUUUUUUUUGUUAUUGUUUUUUUUGUUUUUUUCACUUUCAAUAUGAAUGUUCCUGAAUGUACACCACAAAGUUCAAGAAACAUUUUUGGCCUAAGAAAUGUUACUGUUUGUAUAUUUAAUGAUUUUUAUUUUUAAGAAAAUGUUAAGGAAAUGAAUUUUAGAAGAUGGCAGAUACACAAGUCAUUGCCACACCAACAAAGGAGGGGAAGGAAAUAAUAUCAGCUUCUUUUGCUUUUCUCCACCCAACAGCUAGACUUUGUGUCCUCUGACGCUCACCUCACAUCAAUAGUUGACAUUUUGUGUGACUUUGGCAUCUAUGCACUCACAUGGCCCUUGUACACAGUUCAUCAUACUCCUGCUAUUUUUACAUUGUUAUUUUGUAUUAAUUUUAUUAUGUUGUGAAUCCAGAUUUGUUGGACAUUUUUAAUUUGAAUAAGAAUUUUCCUCAACUGUAUUGUUUAUUUUGCGGAUUCUUUCAUAAAAAACAAUUAUUGUUGAGAUGCUUUGAGAGGGCACAACAGCACAGAAAAUAUUUAUUAUAAAGAUGUAUAACUUUGAUUAAACAUUUUAUUUGAAAAAAUG